CUGCGGCGGCGCGCGGGGAGCGGCGCGGGGUAAAUAAAGGGGAGGGGGGGACGCCGAGUGAGAGAGACGGGAAAGAAAAGUUUGUACGGGCGGCGGCCUCGCUCCGGCGCCGGCGAGGACCCGGCGCUCCCGGCGGCGCCGCGCGCUCUCCCCAUUGUUUGGGGGGGUGUUUGUUGUUUUGUUUUAUCCCCCCAAACAUGGCAAAGGUUCAGGUGAACAACGUGGUGGUGCUGGAUAACCCUUCUCCCUUCUACAACCCGUUCCAGUUCGAGAUCACGUUCGAGUGCAUAGAAGACCUGUCGGAAGAUUUGGAAUGGAAAAUAAUUUAUGUGGGUUCAGCUGAAAGUGAAGAGUACGAUCAGGUGUUAGACUCUGUUUUAGUAGGACCUGUUCCUGCAGGCAGACACAUGUUUGUAUUUCAGGCUGAUGCACCUAACCCAGGGCUUAUUCCAGAUGCAGAUGCAGUAGGUGUAACAGUUGUGCUAAUUACGUGCACCUACAGAGGUCAAGAAUUUAUCAGAGUCGGCUACUAUGUAAACAAUGAAUAUACCGAAACAGAACUGAGAGAGAAUCCACCUGUAAAGCCAGAUUUUUCUAAGCUUCAAAGGAAUAUUUUGGCAUCUAAUCCCAGAGUCACAAGAUUCCACAUUAAUUGGGAGGACAACACUGAAAAACUGGAAGAUGCAGAGAGCAGUAACCCAAAUCUACAGUCACUGCUUUCUACAGAUGCGUUACCUUCAGCAUCAAAGGGGUGGUCAACAUCAGAAAAUUCAUUAAAUGUUAUGUUAGAAUCUCAUAUGGACUGCAUGUGACUAAACACCACCAUUUUGGUACUGUACAUGUGUUAAACUGUAAAAACAACCAGAACUAUUUCCUUCAAAUUCCAUAAGUACAUAGUUGACAAGCAAUGUGAAGAACUUGUUUUAAAACAUCCUGUAGAAAGUUUAUAAAAAAAAUCAGUAUUUGAGCAAAUUGUGGAAUAUAAAUACAACUAUUUUUAAGUAAUUGC